AUGACGGCAUUCUCUACAGAUGCUCUAUCCGGCAUCUGCACGCAGGAGCAACUUAGCCUCCUGGACUCGGUGGACACUUUGCGUUUACAAGGGAUCAGUCACUAUGUGUCGCUACCACAAAUUAUCGUCUGCGGCGAUCAAUCGUCUGGGAAGAGCUCCGUUUUGGAAGCAAUAUCUGGGGUUGCAUUCCCAGUGAAGAGUAAUCUCUGUACAAGGUUUCCCACUGAACUAGUGCUACGCAAGAGUUCGCAGAUCGGGGUGAGCGUAUCUAUCGUCCCUCACCCCUCAAGAAGCGAAUCAGAACAGCGCUCAUUAAGCACAUUUCGAGAAACCCUAGACAGUUUCGACAGCUUACCCAUUCUGAUCGAAAAUGCUAAAAGUAUCAUGGGAAUCUCGACGCACGGCAAAGCCUUUUCAAAUGACAUACUCCGGGUAGAGGUCGCAGGACCCGAUCGGCCUCAUUUGACCAUUGUUGAUCUUCCGGGCCUCAUCCACUCAGAAACCAAACAACAGUCCGCAGCGGACGUGACGCUUGUACAAGAAGUCGUGCAGAAGUAUAUGAGAGAACCAAGAAGUAUUAUUCUAGCGGUUGUCUCGGCUAAAAAUGAUUUUGCAAAUCAAAUUGUGCUUCGUCUGGCUCGCACUGCGGACGAAUCCGGAUAUAGGACCAUGGGGGUUAUCACAAAACCUGAUGUUCUGAUUCCUGGUUCGGAAACCGAGAAAAUGUUCGUUUCGUUAGCCAAAAAUCAAGAGGUCGACUUUCGUUUGGGAUGGCACGUUCUGAAGAACAUGGAUACUGAAAAGGGUCGAGCAACACUCUCUGACCGUGACGCAGAAGAGCGGGAGUUCUUCUCGCAAGGUGUCUGGGAGUUCAUGCCCAAGAAUUUACUUGGGAUCGACGGGUUAAGAGACCGUCUGAGCACACUGCUGCUGUCUCAGAUAGCCACUGAGUUGCCAAAUUUGAUUGACGAGAUAAAAGUUCAAGUUGACAAGUCGAACGAGGAGCUAAAACGCCUUGGUAAUGCCCGGGAAACUUUACAGCAGCAGCAAGCUUAUCUUUUUCAUAUCAGCCAGGCAUUUCAAACAACCGUGAAAGCUGCCGUUGAUGGAACAUACAAUAGUGCCUUUUUUGAUGACAUACACGCUGACUCGGGAUAUCGAAAGCGACUGCGUGCAGUGGUUCAGAAUCUAAACGAAACUUUCGCGGACAAUAUUAGCCGUCAUGGUCAUCGCAGAAAGAUCGCUCCUUCAAGUGACCCCAAGAAUCUUGAUCACGACGGUCAAAUCAUGCUGACCCGUGCGGAAUACAUCCAACAUAUUGAGAAGAUUCUCAAAAGAACUCGAGGCCGAGAGUUACCGGGAACCUUCAACCCAAUGAUAAUCUCUGAAUUGUUCAUGGAGCAAUGCACGUUAUGGGAAGGUAUUACCAGCAGCCAUAUUUCUCAAGUAGCAGAUGCCGUAAAACAAUUCAUAGGCUCAACAAUUGCACAUAUCGCUGAUAACGCCACUUCGACAGUUCUAAUGCGGGAAAUUUUUGAGCCUAAAUUAGACGAUCUUCGACAAGCAGGACAAGAAAAAAUCUUGGAAUUGCUCUUACCACAUACCCACGGCCACCCUAUCACCUAUAAUCAUUAUUUCACCGAGAACCUACAGAAAAUUCGCAACGAGCGCCGUGAGAAGGAGAUCAUGAGAUCCAUUCAAGCCUUCUUCAACGCAUCAGACAUGAAAACAGUUGCCAGUGAGGUCGGAUCUGUAGACCUGCAGGGUCUAUCUCGUCGAAUCAUCCAGUCUACAGAGCCUGACAUGGGUCGGUUUGCGUCUGCUGAGGCGUUGGAUUGCAUGCUGGCAUAUUACAAGGCGAGUGUGGCUCUGAAGCGCUUCAUCGAUGAUGUUGCUGUUGAGGCAGUUGAAAAUAAGCUCGUCGUACCACUAUCGGAUCUUUUCUCCCCUAUUGCGGUAUUUGAAAUGACACCAGAGAUGGUCACCUGUAUCGCGGGUGAAACCAAAGAAUAUCGGAGCCUAAGAGAACAAUUGACUAAAAAGCUCGAUAUUCUCGUCAGAGGUCUGGAGACCUGUAAAAAGUUUGUCGGAAUUCGUGGCAUAGUCAUAGAAAGCAACAUAAAACCGGCUUCCGCCAGUGUCAUCCAUUCGCCUCGAGGAGAACUUCAUUCUUCAGCAUCUAAGCAGUCUGAAAAUUUUUCAUUGCUCGCCGGGGAAACUGAUGCCCAAGUCACCCCGCCAGAGGACUCCCAGCUCUCCCCAAUCAUUUUAUCUGACCAGCCCGAAAGAAUUGAUCUGGUCCCAGUCGAGAGUCUAAGUGACUGUACUCCUCUCGCCCCAGCCGAAGAUCAGAAUAUCGCUAAUUCUAUCCCAGAGUGGAUCCAAGAUACAAUACCUGAUGCUUUAGAGCAGGAAAGAUCUGCUGAUGUCACUGUCAAUAUAGAUCCACCUGGGCCAGCAGAAGAAGAAAAGUCGUCAUUAAUGAUUGGCAAGUCUAAAAAAGCCAAGAAGAAUAAGAAAAAGAAAAAGUUAGCUGGCAAGGAACUGGAUAUGUCUAUGGAGCAGAACGCACUGGAGUGA